AUGGAUAACAAUUUUGCUACGCUCUUGGUCACUCCUUUGCUGUUGUUAUCGUCGUUGGAUUGCACUGAGGGAAGAGAUGAUGAUGUCUUUGGGUCUGUCGGUUUCAGGGCUCAAUCCAACAGAGGAAAGAAAGUUUCCGUGAAGAUGGGCAGGGCUGAACAGGUAUUUUGCAGCAUAAGAACCAGACCAGACAAGAUGGUUUUAAUGUUCAAACUUUUGCACGGAAAUUCUACUCUGGAGGAACUGGCAGACUGCAGUGAGGUUAGAAUUGAAGACCAUGGAGAUGAGAAAGGCAUUGAGAAGAUACACAUACUGGGUUCUCAUACAAGAGUUUUAACUGUGGCGGUGUUAGUUGGAUCAACUUUCAGGCAGUUUGCGAACACAAGUCAAGACGACGACAAGAAGGAACCACAGCAGCAAGGACUGUCCAUCGAUGUUUUUAAAGCAGCCGUUGCAGUUCUGCCCAGCCGUUUCACUUACAAACUGGUUCCAUUUUAUCUCUCUUGUGAUCAAUUGUUAAAGGAAGUUGCUGGCAAGGCUUUUGAUGCAGUUCUUGGCGGUAUAGUAAUUACAGCAGAAAGGUCCCAUCUUGUAGAAUUCUCACAGCCUUAUGCCAAACUAGGAUUGGUGAUGGUGGUCAAGAAAAAAAACAAUGAAUUGAAGGAUAUUUUGCGGUUCAUGAGCCCCUUUACUCGAGAGAUGUGGGUUAUAAUGGCAGCUAUGACUGUCCUCACUGGUUUUGUUAUCCGGGUAAUUGAACAUCGAACCUGCAACGAAAUGCAUUCUAGACAUGUUGAAGCUGUCGUCUGCCUCCCUUUGGCUUUCCUCCUCAAUGAACAUAGACCCAGGAACAAAUUGUCUUUUUUUGUGCUGGUUCCAUGGCUAAUUCUUACCCUGAUUGUCUCGACAGCCUUUACCGCAAGCCUUAGUUCUAUGGUAACAAGUUCACAAGGUGAUGAGCCAUCUCACUCGAAUGUUGAUUCACUCAGAAAGACAAAUGAUGCUAUCGCUAGUGAUGGAAAUUCUUUCACCGUCACAUAUUUGGUGAAAUGUUUGGGAUUCAAGCGAAAGAAUAUAAGAAAGAUCGCUUCAUUUGAUGACCGUGCAAGAGCUUUAUCAAGUGGAAAUAUACAGGCUGCAUUCUUAUUAACCCUUGACGCCAAUGUUUUCCUUGCAAGAUACUGCUACGCCUUUGCAUAGUCGGGACCUGCCUACAAUCUAGGCAGUUUUGGAUUUGUAAUCUCAACUAUUCUCUUUCAGUUAAUUUUUUCAGUACUGCUAUGAUAGUUGGCCUUUCUUGGCCAUUGUUCAAGCUUCCAGGUGGUUUAAGAAUGUAUAUACCAUUAAUUUGUUUUAAGAUCUUGUGUUAUAGGUGUUUCCAAGGGGUUCUCCAUUGGCUGCAGACAUGUCAGAGGCGAUUCUUAAUCUGAGGGAGGCAGGGGAAUUGCAGCAAAUGGAGGAAGAUACGCUAUCCAUUUCAAAUUGUUCAAGUUCAACAUCUGAUGAAACUUUUUCCCGAGGAAUUGGACCUGGGGUCUUUUCUGGUUUGUUCAUUCUAUCAGGAGGUGCUUCAGCAACUGCAUUGGUAAUUACAGUCAUUCGUCGAUUGAAAAGACGUUGGGAGAGCUGCAUUCAGAGAAUGUUGAUCGGUAGGGGGCUUUUGGUGUGGUUGACAAUUCUCUUCUCUCAUAAUAAUCAGACAACAAAUGAGCUCCAACUUGCAAGAAUAAGUUCCAAUCACUAAAUAUAUAUAUAUAUAUAUAUAUACAACUCCCGGUAUAUUAUCAUGUGGGUUAGGUCAUCAAAUUAGCAGGCAAAAAGAUGUCAGGGAAUUUCCAGCAUCUGCAAUCUGAGUAAUUAUUAGUACGAAUCUUACUGCCAUAUGCUACGUACUACUCAUGUAUCAGAAAGGAGUUGAAUAUGUGGGAGGAAACCAUAUCAGCUUAUACUAACAAGUAACUGGGCUCUUGAAGCAACCAUUAUGAUGGUGGCCUCAGCUUUUUCGUUGUUGCCUGCGCAACAAAAACGAUUUCAGCGUUCCUCUCUAGCGGGAAUUUAUGUACUUAUCUUACCCAUCUACAGUAUGUAUUUGCUAUUUACCAUUUAGUUGAGAUAGUCGAUCAGUAACCGGAGGAAACUGGUCAAUAAAGGAAACAAAAAGAAGAAAAACUUCUAAUUCAUAACCUUCACUCGGCCUCUCCAGCCAAAAGGAAAAACUCCUAAACCUCGUAGCGACGUGGCCUAAUUUGACCACACCAUUUUAAAAACACCAUUAAACGUCCAGUACCCAUAGACAUCCCCUGAACACAGGAACCAGCCCUCGAUGUUACACAGAAAGUCCAGCCACAACAAGACAUAUACAUACUAACGCACCCCUGCUAUAUAACCACCUUACCUCCACCAGAUGGGGAUACAGAAACCUAUUGUUGCUUUUGGUCAGUUGGUAUCUCCACACGAACGUGGAGAAAUUUGAAGCAUUACCGUCCCGAACAUCCUGCCUUGCCUCAGUGCUCGGUGGGAGCAGCAGAGGUGAAACCCCUGUUCCCCAAACAAUCUGCCUGGGUAAGAACUGCACUCAUGAGCCUCCAGAUGCUACAUACGCCAUCGCCGUUGCAUACUACUUUAAAGAAUAACAAACCACCCAAAAGCUUUGUCCCUAAAUCUGCGGCUUCCAAUCUACCAGUAAUCUCAAGCCUGGCAUGAGCCGUUGUUACCGUCUCCCAUCCUAAGACUCCCCCGUCGGUACCCCUGCAUGGUCCUACUAUUUCAGAAGGACGCCCCCUCCCCUAGCCAGUCGACUCACCUUUCCUUUUUCAAACGUAGCUUCCAUUGCACUCCGUUGAUAACAUCCACGGGAAGAGAGUACCCCUUUAUUGCUUCAAGCCAUGACCAGCAGCCAACUGCCCUCUUUUUAAUUUAUAUUUUGCCAGUAUGAAUCUCGACAGCUCAUUCUAGCCCACUUCCACCCGCUAAUCGUAU